AACCUGCAGUGGUUAUCAGGCUAGCACUGACAAUAGUUAUGAAAAUUAUUCUUUAUGGAAAAGUACAUGUCAAGAAACCGAAGACAACCCCAUCGUAAAGAGUACAAGCGCCUACCUACACCGUAACGAAUCCAUAAGCCAAACUACCCGAGUUUUUUCUAUCGUUCCGGUAUAAUCAAAACUCCAUCAUCCCAGCACGGCUUAACUGAACUUUUAGCAGAAUGGAGACGGUAACAGCAAAACUCGCUUUCAAGCCGGGCGAUUUGGUUGAUAUCGGAAAACCAUGGAUAUUCACUGUGCGUCCCGACCUCGUGGAGCAUGCAUGCCAUUAUUGUUUGUCCAUUCCCCAAAUACAGAUGAACCUACACCGAUGUUCACAGUGCCAUUUUACAAAAUAUUGCAGCCAGCAGUGUCAGAAGCUCGACUGGAAAUCCUGCCAUAAGGAUGAAUGCAAGCUGUUAUUACAAACAAACGUACUCGAUAUCGGUCGCCCGGGAUUUGAGUACUGGAUUCUGUUAAGAAAGGCCGCUAUUAAACUAAAAAACAAUCCACAAGAUAUGGAUGUCUACAACAAGUACACUUCGAAUCAGGAAGAGGCCAGCGUCGAUCCCGUUGCACGAUCUUUAUUCCGCCAGUACUCGAGCCAGUUAAAACUAAUCAAUCCCAAAAGCCGACUUCACAGUGAUUAUCCGAAAUUUUGCGAACUGUUUAGCAGAGUAAUAUUCAACACCUCCAUGAUCAUUGGAGUGCGGAAACCCGGUUCACAGCCUGGAAUCGGGUUGGCGCUGUAUCAACCCGGCGUCACCGGUUCAGUUGUCGGGUGCAACAGAAACAUAACGUCCUACAGCCAGGAUAAGCAGCUUUUUGUCAAAGCUACUAGGAAUAUUUACGAAGGCGACGCGCUCAUUGCUUCUCAAGGAUCGCCGUUUCUCAGUCCAAACGAGCGUUUUCUGCGCUACCGAGAAGUAUACGCCACCUGUCACUGCGACGCAUGUACUGUGCCAUCGAAAGACGCAGAACGUAACGCUUUCAAUUGUGGCACAACAGGAUGUCGUAAUGCCAUUCCACUGGACGACCGCGCAGCUUCGGCAUGCAGCGACUGCGGACGAAUCAACGACGAUCAAACUGAGCGCGCUAAGUCCAUUGUUCAGAUGCUGCUGGAGAAGGUGGAUGCCGGACCACCCUCCCUCACCGGAAAUCUGUUCGUGGAUAUUCAUUCCUGCAUACAAAUAGCCGAACGAAUUCUUCAUCCGACGAAUUUCACAUUAGGUUUAUUUUAUAAGCAUGCAUCGGAUGUGUUCACUAAUAUCCUUGGAAUGAAGGGACGGGCAGUGGAAUGUCUGGAAAAGAUGCUGGUUCCACUAGAGUUGCAUACUGAUCCAUACCUGGAAGAAAUCAUCAACACCGUACAGCCAAUUUGCGUUUAUCACACGAGAGUUAUGAACCACCGACUGGCUGAAAAAUAUUUAUCAAAAUAUCGGCGUAUUGUGGAAACGAUACAUGGGACGGAUUCUCUACAACACGAGCGCUUCCAACAGUUUUCCAACAAGCUGGCUGCUAUGCGACACACUUUUGUAGAUAGUGACGAUUCUGGUUGAAACUGCCGAAAUGAAAUUCCUUACUGUGGUUUUAAUUUUUUAUCUAUUUUGAUAAUUAUUACUGCUGCUUAAUUUUACGGACACAUAAUGAAGUUGUACAAAAAGUCGAGUGAAAUUUAACAUUUCGAAUUUUUAAUGGUCGGCGCUGAUAAAUUGACAGAGACCGCUUAUACGCAACAAUUGAUUCCGCA